AUGAUUCCCAAACCUUUCUUAUCUUCAACCUUGAUCCUUCUUUUGUCACUGCUAGUUAUUGCCUCCGCUUCCGAUUAUGGAUAUGCUCCAAAACCAGACUACGGGAAACCAAAACCCGAAUAUAAACCUCUUCCCACAGAGCAACCAGACUAUAAGAAACCAAACUCCGAGGGAAAUGAUAAGCCUAUUCCCACAAAACCAAACUAUGAGAAACCAGAAUCCGAGGGAAACGAUAAGCCACUUCCCACAAAACCCGAAUAUGAGAAACCAGAACCGGAAGGACAAGAUCAACCUCUACCCACAAAGCCAGAUCAUUAUGAGAAACCGAACCUAGAAGGAAUAUUAAAUGGCCUACUCCCGUCAGGACUCAUCGGUAUUCAAGGGCUUGUCCUAUGCAAAUCAGGCUCCAAUUACAUUCCACUUAAAGGAGCCAUGGUAAGGAUAACAUGCCUAGCUGUUGAUGAGAAUGGGUACGAGACAGCUCCUUUCUCCAUAUUCAGUGAUGAAUGCGAUGCAAAGGGCUACUUUCUUACAAAAAUAUCUCCUGCGUUUCUGAAAGAUAAUUGGAAGAUUAAGGAAUGCAAGGCAUUCCAGUACCAUUCUCCACUGGAAACUUGCAAAGUUCCGAUUGAUGUAAACCACGGCAUGAGUGGUGCUCCUCUUUCGUCUUACCGCGUUCUCGAAGACAAGAACAUGAAUUUAUACUCUGUGGGGCCCUUCUUCUACACCACCGACCCUCAGACAUCACUCCCUAAUGGUUAUUAG